AGAUUUGUCCCUCUGCUCCAAGCCAAGUUCAAAAAAUUGUUCUUUCGAAAUAAAGACCUUCUCGGUCUCGGUCUCGGUCUCGGUCUCCUGCCACCUGAGAAAUCUCUCUUUGGUUGCAAUGCAGAGGCUUCUCUCACUAAAACUCCUCUCCAAAACCUCCAAAACCCUCUCCAACAACACAACCACAACCUACUCCAUUUAUUCAAAAACAUCUCCUUUUCUCCCCAACACCAAUAGCCCGUCUCCCCAAAACAAUCCAUUCUUCUCCCAGUACACCUCAUGGACCUCGUAUCGACCACACAACAGAGUUUUUUCAAAAGAAAUUUCAAAUGGGUUUUUCUCAAAUCCAUCAAAUUCUACAAAGCUGCUGAUUUUGCGAAAUUCCCCUUCAACGGGCCAAACCAUAGUUACGGGCUUGAGAGCUCAAUUUGCAAGAAGAAACUUUCAUUCUAAUUUUUCCUUUGAUUCCAAUCGCCGUUCCUGGUUCCAACGGCUUACCACAGAUGGUGUGGUUCUGGGAAUAAUUUUAACUAAUGUAGCUGUUUUCCUGUUAUGGCGCAUUGCAGACCCAUCAUUUAUGAAGAAGAAUUUUAUGAUUUCUUUAGACAACUUUAGAAGUGGAAGAAUUCACACAAUCAUUACUUCUGCAUUCAGUCAUAUUGACAGCGGGCAUAUUAUCUCUAACAUGGUGGGGCUUUACUUUUUCGGAACAAGUGUGGGAAUCACUUUUGGACCUACGUAUUUGCUGAAACUAUACCUAGCUGGAGCAGUUGGUGGCUCAGUUUUCUAUCUAGUUCACCAUGCUUUGUUGGCCCCAUCCUCCAAGGUAGAGUGACUU